AAGAAAAAACAUAAACAAAAGAGCCUUAUCGCAAUUCGCUACACAAAAUUUGACAGGUAGAUAACCGUCCACACAUGCCCUUGGAAAAUGCCAUAAGAUUAUCACCACUUCUAUAGCCACAAAAAAUCACUCCCUCACUACCCUUCUUCUUCUCUCACAUUUUCACGCUUUUCGUUCUAUGAAUGUCACCUUGCUGUGCAAUACCCAGAACCCUUUUGCAUGUUCUACCCCAAUUUGAUACACAAAGUUUCUGUCUUUGAACUGAGGUACCAUACCCCUUUUGUUCUACUAGGCCAGAAAUAUUAAUCUUACUCUUGUUUUGUCACUUUUCAUGGGAAUUUGGUAUCUGGGUAGGUUUAAUUGUUAACUGGGGUGUGUGCUAUAAUGAGGAAUUGUUGAGGUUUCAGAAGAUAUUAUAAUUUUGGAACAUUUUUUUGUUUGUUUUGGUGUUGUGGGGUGAGGCUCAAUAUGCUAAUAUUAGUGGGAAACGUGCAAGGAACAAUGGGUUCUCUUGCUUCCCCUGUGAGCUUGGGGAGCCUCAUGGGUGUGAGUUCCUCUGGAAGGUCUCAUUCUGCGGUGAGGAGAGUCUCUCUUUCUAGAGGGAAGUGUGUGGUGAACAGAAGAUGGCAUUGUGUGUCAUUGUCUGUGUGUAGAUAUUCAGUGACCACAACUGAUUUUGUUGCUGACCAAGGAAAUUCAGUGCCCCUUGAUUCUAACAGUAGUAGUAGUAGUAAAGGUGGGGAUGAUAGUGCUGGUUUUGUGCUUAAGCCACCUCCUAAGCCUGUGUUUAAGUCCUCAGACAAUAAGGGUGACCCCAUUUUAGGCUCCUCAAGGACUUUUGGGGGCACUGAUGCUGUGGAAGAGAGGAAUAAAGUGAUUGAGUCACUUGGAGAGGUGUUGGAGAAGGCUGAAAAGCUGGGAAAUUCGAAGUUGAAUGGUGAAAGAAAUAACGGUUCGGUAAAAAAACCAGAAAGACCUAAUACAGAUGUUAAUCCUAAGGUUGAUAAACCGGUAAAUUCCACGAAAAUGCAGAAGUCUAAGACCUUGAAGAGUGUGUGGCGUAAAGGGGACACAGUUGCAGCUGUGGAGAAGGUUGUGAAGGAAGUACCGAAGCCUAAUUACAAGAAUGAAGGGGAGAAGUCUCAAACGAAGGGAGGGGAGAAGGUAAUGUCUCAGUCUCGUCCUCCUCAGCGGCCUUUGAGACCUCAACCCAUGUUACAAGCUAAACCUUCUAUAGCUCCGCCACCCAUAAAAAAACCUGUUGUCUUGAGGAAUCAGGGUGCAGCUGAAACGUCUGUGAAAUCUAAAGAAAGGAAGCAACCAAUCUUGGUUGAUAAGUUUGCUGCCAAGAAGCCAGUAGUUGAUCCUCUAAUUGCUCAAGCGGUUAUAGCCCCUCCAAAACCAGGAAAGGCGCCUCCUCCUGGAAAGUUCAAAGAUGAUUACCGGAGGAGAGGUGCUCCGGCUGGCAGAAGGCGAUUAGUGGAUGAUAAUGAUGUGAUUCAUGAUGAGGACACAUCAGAACUCAAUGUCUCUAUUCCCGGUGCUGCAACAGCAAGAAAAGGAAGAAAAUGGAGUAAAGCAAGUCGAAAGGCAGCAAGACUCCAGGCUGCCAAGGAUGCAGCUCCUGUCAAAGUAGAAAUUCUAGAGGUUGGUAACGAAGGUAUGCUAGUGGAGGAAUUAGCCUACAAUUUGGCAAUCAGUGAAGGAAAAAUCCUGGGUUAUCUAUACUCCAAGGGGAUCAAACCGGAUGGGGUACAAACACUAGACAAAGAUAUGGUGAAGAUGGUUUGUAAAGAGUAUGAUGUGGAAGUCAUAGAUGCUGAUCCCAUCAAAGUUGAAGGUUUAGUGAAGAAAAGGGAUAUUCUGGAUGAAGACGACCUUGACAAACUCAAAGACAGGCCUCCUGUCAUUACUAUUAUGGGCCAUGUGGAUCAUGGCAAGACAACUCUUUUGGAUUAUAUACGGAAGAGCAAGGUAGCUGCUUCUGAAGCUGGUGGGAUAACACAGGGAAUUGGGGCCUACAAAGUGCAAGUACCUGUUGAUGGCAAACAGCUGCCCUGUGUUUUCCUUGACACUCCUGGGCAUGAGGCAUUUGGGGCAAUGAGAGCUCGUGGGGCAAGUGUAACAGACAUUGCUAUUAUUGUUGUGGCUGCGGAUGAUGGAAUUCGUCCUCAAACAAAUGAAGCUAUAGCUCAUGCCAAAGCAGCAGGAGUUCCCAUGAUCAUUGCUAUAAACAAGAUAGAUAAAGAUGGAGCAAAUCCAGAACGAGUCAUGCAAGAGCUUUCUUCAAUUGGUUUAAUGCCUGAAGACUGGGGUGGUGACAUCCCAAUGGUUCAGAUAAGUGCUCUUAAAGGGAAGAACAUAGAUGAUCUCUUGGAAACUGUUAUGCUUGUUGCUGAGUUGCAAGAGCUGAAAGCGAAUCCUGAUAGAAGUGCGAAGGGCACAGUCAUUGAGGCAGGGCUAGAUAAAUCAAAAGGACCAUUUGCUACAUUUAUUGUGCAGAAUGGCACUCUUAGAAGGGGAGAUGUGGUAGUUUGUGGAGAAGCUUUUGGAAAGGUGCGGGCUUUAUUUGAUGAUGGUGGAAAACGGGUCAAUGAAGCUAUGCCCUCUAUACCUGUACAGGUUAUUGGAUUGAAUAAUGUUCCAAUUGCUGGUGAUGAAUUUGAGGUUGUUGAAUCCCUUGAUACUGCUCGUGAAAAGGCAGAGGCCCGUGCGGAGUCAUUACGAAAUGAGCGCAUUACAGCAAAGGCAGGGGAUGGCAAGAUCACCCUUUCUUCCUUAGCUUCUGCAGUUUCAGCAGGGAAGCUUUCUGGGCUAGACUUGCACCAACUAAAUAUAAUUUUGAAGGUUGAUCUUCAGGGAUCUAUUGAAGCUGUCAGAAAAGCUCUGCAGGUGCUACCACAAGAUAAUGUCACACUGAAGUUUUUGUUGGAAGCAACAGGUGAUGUAAGCACAAGUGACGUGGACCUAGCAGUUGCAAGCAAAGCUAUCAUUUUGGGAUUUAAUGUCAAAGCACCAGGCUCUGUGAAAAGUUAUGCAGACAAUAAAGCUGUUGAGAUUAGAUUAUAUAGAGUUAUUUAUGAAUUAAUUGAUGAUGUAAGGAAUGCAAUGGAAGGGCUCCUGGAACCUGUUGAGGAACAAGUAACAAUUGGCUCAGCAGAAGUACGGGCCACAUUCAGCAGUGGUAGUGGUCGUGUAGCUGGAUGCAUGGUUACAGAGGGAAAGGUACUAAAAGGCUGCGGUAUUCGAGUCCUUCGGAAGGGAAAAGUAGUUCAUGUUGGUAUUGUUGAUUCUUUGAGACGGGUGAAGGAGAUUGUUAAAGAGGUAAAUGCUGGUCUUGAGUGUGGAGUUGGAUUAGAAGACUUUGAUGAUUGGGAAGAGGGUGAUAUUCUUGAAGCCUUCAACACAGUUCAGAAGAAGAGGACCCUUGAAGAGGCCUCAGCAUCAAUGGCAGCUGCUGUGGAGGGAGUGGGAGUUUAAUUAUGGAAUGAACAAUGAUGUGUGCCACUGAGAUUGGUUCCUAUCUUGUGUUUGAGCGACCAAAUGCAAUCCAGGUUCCAGUUGAAAAAACAUUGUACUUCUCUCCAAUGUCAUUGGAGAGUGGUAACAAUUCCACAUCAUUAUAUUGAUAUUGAGGGUGCCACUGCUGAAGAUCUGAGUUCAAAAUGAUUUGUUCCAUUGUUUGAUGUAAAAGUGUAUAUAGCAAACGUAUAUCAGUUUCAGCUCCUUGUAAAGAGGUAAAAAGUUUCAAUAUUGGCCUUGACCCAGAAAUACUUGUAACAACCACCUAUAAGACAAGGAAAGAAUUGCAUUUUUUUCCUUCAUUUUUUGUAUGAUGCUCUAUAAUGGACGCAUCAUCUUAUUUUUGAUAAAAGGAGAAAAAAGGGAUGCAUCAUCUUACUCUGAGGCCCAGAAAAUUGUAUGUUUACUGUGCUUUGCUCCUACACAAAAUAUAGUUAUGAUCCAUGGUUAUAGACCGAUGUAAAUACUUUGGUAAAAUAAUAUUUGCUGUCUCAAUGAUUGGAUUAAAUGAAAUUAUCAAGAGAGAAAUGCUAAGAAUGUUUUUUGACCACAUUCUUCAUUACAUUCUAUUU